CAUUUUCUAAAGUCUCAUUUUACAUUUCCUUUAGCUUUCUGGCUAUCACUCUAAUCAUUUAGAUUUGGUAUGUAAGUUACAGAAGAGGAAAAAGUCCAGCCCACAUUUCAAACUUGGCCAGCCCUUGUGGAGAAAAGAGUAUCCUGGUCUACUAUAGUACUGCUUUUCUCAACUGGCCUCCUUUGAAAUGCUCAUCUUUCCAAAAUUUCUCUGCAUGGACCCCCAGUUAUGUGUUUUCCAUCUCCCUAGCUCAGCAUUAUUUUAAUCAGAUAUUAUUUCCAUUAUGGACAAUACCCAAAAGACUCUAAAGGAGGAAGUGAAUGAUGGAAGGCAACUGGCAGAUAAUACCCAAAAGGAAAAUAAACUUCCUGGAAAGAUUAUUUAUUUUGCAAAUGGCGAAUCAAUGGAAGUAUGCAGUUCAGAGGAAGAUGAUGUUGAGGAGGGCAAUCAGAAGCCACUACUUGACACUGCCAAUCUGUCUUGGGGUAAUUACCUACGACUCUGGGUACUUCGAAUUGUAGCCACAGCAUUUUUCUCUUGUGAGGUUCUUGGUGGGAAAUUUGCCACAUUCUUUGGACUCAAUGAAUCUAAAUACCAGUAUGCAGUGGACGAAUACUACAGGAUACAAAAUAAGAAAAGAAAAAGUGAUGAAGAUAGUGAAGAGAUGCCAGAAAUGAAGAAGACAACCACAUCAAAUGAAAAGCAUCAGCUGGAAAUGCAGCACCUAAAAUAUGGGUCCAUUAAUUGUAAAGAUACGCCUGUCCUUUCUCAGGAAGACAUUGUUGCAAAUGUAAAUGAACUUGAGGAAGGUGGGCUGCAAGGUCUAAAAUAAACCAAAAUUAUGUGAUAUAAAA